CUGACCAGAGACUCGGCGCCCAAUCGCGGCGGGUAAACUGAACUGUGUUGUUGUUAGCAACUAGCAACUACAUGUAAGCUAAUGUUAGCCGAUCUUUGCUAAGGGAACAAAAUAGUUUGAUUGAUUCAUUUCACAUCGACGUGCAGCGCGGUUAUAGUUCUGCUGUAACGGCCACAACAGUCAGCAGGUUCUUCUCAGCGGGUGGUUUUCUCCCUUAAGGAAAUAUGACUUCUGCACUGUCAGAUCCAACAUUAGAGAGACAUUUCAAGGGUCACAGAGACACUGUAACAAGUGUGGACUUCAGCUGCAACAUGAAACAGAUUGCUACAGGCUCCAUGGACUCCUGCGUUAUGAUCUGGAACAUGAAACCUCAGAUGCGAGCCUAUCGCUUUGAUGGCCACAAAGAUGCUGUCAUUUCUGUUCAGUUUUCUCCUUCUGGCCACCUGGUGGCCUCUGCCUCCAGAGAUAAGACUGUGCGUCUUUGGAUACCAAGCAUGAAGGCAGAGUCAACAGUGUUCAGGGCUCACACUGGUACCGUGCGCAGUGUGAACUUUUCCAGUGACGGACAGAAUCUGGUCACAGCCUCUGAUGACAAGACCAUCAAAGUAUGGACUGUUCACCGGCAAAAGUUCCAGUUUUCUCUCAAUCAGCACAUCAACUGGGUCCGCUGUGCCAAGUUUUCUCCAGAUGAUCGCUUGAUUGUGUCGUGCAGUGAUGAUAAGACUAUAAAGCUGUGGGACAAGAACAGCAGAGAGUGCAUUCAUUCUUUCUAUGAAUAUGCUGGUUAUUCAAGUCACGUGGACUUUCACCCUAGUGGGACAUGCAUUGCUGCAGCCAGUAGUGACAACUCUGUUAAGGUGUGGGACAUUAGAUCACACAAGAUGCUGCAACACUAUCAAGUCCACAGUGGUGUAGUGAACAGCUUGUCUUUCCACCCGGCUGGUAAUUUUCUCAUCACUGGGUCUGGUGAUUCCACAGUGAAGAUACUGGACCUUGUAGAGGGCAAGCUUCUAUAUACGCUGCACGGACACCAGGGUCCAGUUACCUGUGUGGCCUUCUCCAGGACAGGAGAGUACUUUGCCUCAGGAGGCUCUGAUGAACAGCUAAUGGUGUGGAAGAGCAACUUUGAUUGUAGUGACCCUGUGAAGCUACCACGUAAAACCACUUCCAGCUCACAGACAGCAGCAGUCAGCUCCUCAGCUCAACCCCCCUUUAACUCACAUCCCUCUAUGCUCCGCAGCCAGACUCCUGAACCGUCAGAGCACUUUAACAGGCAGGACUCCCGAACUGCUGCCCACACUCAGAACAGCAGUCGCAGCGGCAGCCACAGUAGAACAACACCUUCCCACCCCUGCACGAACCACAGCUCCAGCUCCUCCUCCAACCACCACACGCACUCCCAGAAUGCACCGCAGCGCUCACCCCACGUUCACGGGUCCCGCGCCUCUGACGGAGACCUGCCGCCCGGUCUGGCGGGCACCCUAGAGCACAUCAUGGGUCAGCUGGAUGUCCUCACUCAGACGGUUUCGAUCCUGGAGCAGAGGCUGACGCUGACAGAGGACAAGCUCAAGGAGUGUCUGCAGAACCAGGUGGAGAUCGGCCUGCACCUCCAGAGAACGGAGGAGGCCCAAGAGUGAGGAGCAAGGAGCGAGCGAGCGCUUGAGCUUGAUCUUGUGGUGUGUGGGGAAAUGAGGUCGCAUCAACACCAUAAACAGAAACUAACACUGGUCUGUUGUUUGACGUGAGCGACUCAGUCGCACAGAGUCACGUGCACGGCAGCGUUUUCCCCACUAGACCCCGAGGCGUUCUGCUGAUCUACUGAUUAUUAGUUGUAGGAGAUAUCACACGGAAGGAACUGAAAAAGUUGCUCUGCGCUCUCUCUCCUCGUUUCUGCUGACAGAGGACGUGCUGCCUCCAGUCGCCGUGCACGUAUGUGGACGCGUGUGCACGAUGGCCACAAGUACAGAAGUGUAGAUACAUCUGAGAGACCUUUGUACUAGUCUAUGGUUAGCACAUGGGCCCUCCCUCUGUGUGUGUGUGUGUGUGUGUGUGUGUGUGUGUGUGUGUGUGUGUGUGUGUGUGUGUGUGUGUGUGUGUGUGUGUGUGUGUGUGUGUGUGUGUGUGUGUGUGUUCAGGCCUAUGCAGACAACUCAUAGUGUUUGAUUCAUAGUGAUGCUUGUGCUAAUACAGUACACAUUUAAAACCACUUUGUUUACCUGUCUGAAUUUAUCUACUGGCCAUGAUUUCUCUAUAGAGGAGCAGCCCAUUUCAUUUCAUCAGCAGGCACCUGUUGCAAAGCCAUUCCAGUGCCUUAUUUGAAUCCUAUGUGGCCAAACUGUGUCCCUACUGGUGAGGUUUGAGGCCACACUGACGCACGUUCCCUCAUCACAUGAACAUAGAUGCUGUAGAUUCAUGUAUUUAUUUUAGGCCUAUAAUGUGUAGAUCAUCCUUCUGCCCCAUCAAGGUCCAAACAUUAUCAGGCCAAUUGGGUAGAAGACGUGAGGUUCAGGACUGGUACAGGUUUCCAACGUUGUCCAGUUUGAGUAGGAAGUCACGGAACCUUAAGUCUGUGUUUUUUAUUAAUUUUGAAUUAUUUUAAUGUUAUAUUACCAAAAAACAGAAAAAAGGUCACCAAUGUUUGGAAGGCGAUCUGUCACAUUGUUGACUUUCACUGGAUUUGUGUUUGGGUGAAGUUCUAACAGAGCCUAUUGAGCUGAUUUGUAGUUUGAACUCUUUUGCUUGGGAGAAGAACUUCUGGUUGUAGUUACGAUGUUACUGUAAGAUAAGUAUCUUAUUCUGUGUGAAACUUUCACCCACUGAACAUAAGUUAUUGUACACAUCAUUAAUAAACGUUUCUCUUAUUUCUCUUUUUAAA